AUGGAUAACCACUUCAAGGGUUUUGUUGGUCCAGCGGUGAAUUUAGCACGGACUACUCAAUUCAUUUACCUGUAUGGAGAUGGAUUUGGAGUUCCUCGUCUCGAGACUAAAAGGAACUUAAGUUCAUUAGUUGUUGAACCAAUUCCCCUGCAGUAUUUCUCGCCUCCCCGUCUCCAGCAUCCUUCACUCUUUCUUUCUCCUGCAGCCACCAUCCUUCAAGUGGUGAAGCCCUUUACGCUCGCCAUCGCCAUACCAUUUUUCUCCCUUUACGCUCGCCAUCGCCGGCAAAUUCAGAUUCAGGCAACUUUCGUAACUAAUUGUUGUUUUUUUGCCCUUUCCCAACCACUCUUUUGCUGCUAUUGUCCUAGGGAAAAAGGGCAGUACAAGAAUCCAACCAAAAUUGUAUUGCUUCUUGUCAAUUUAGCAUUUCCCCUGUAUCUGGAGGUUCCUGGAGCCAAAUGA